ACCGACUUCUUGCCCUGCUCUUUUGUCAAGUCACGAGAUGUACUACGAAGGUGACGGUAUAGAGACUGUCUUUGACGGUAUCCUAGAUGGACCAGUUCAAGUACGAGACAGCCAAGACCACUCGCCACCAUUAGUCAAAGAAGCCUCAAAGUCGCCUAUAAUCCGGCAUGAAUCUCAGCAGUCGCCUCCAGACGCAAACGCGAACAAUGAAGAUUCAGCAGCCAUCGAAGAGGCUCAAAUCGACCCUGAACUCAUCGAUGUCGUGUCUGACGAGCGACAAGCUACCACAUUCGAUGCUAUCCCAAAGCAAGCUUUGUCGGGAAGUUUUGGCAUCGAUGUGCCUACUUCGAGCCUCGACGUUACGGUCGACACGUCACGUCCGGUCCAUCCCGCUCUUCGAUUGGCCAUGGACACUGCUCUACCUGCUUCAUCCAGUGCGUCUCCUGCCACUCCCAUCGGUCUGGGACACGAAGGACUCUAUCAUGGCUACGACAUGAGUCGACGGGGAUCAAGUGAUGACUUUGACAGCUACGUCGAUGCCACAAAGGGCAACUCGACUUCUUUGGGCAGUGAAAGCGAGUAUGAUUAUGGCAUGAUUGAUAAUGCGAUUCCGGCUGGCGGUCUCGGUGAUAGCGAUCCUGGCGUUCCACCGCCACGGUCGAUGCCCAAAAAGAGCCACGCGAGAAAGCAACCCGAGGGCCACAUCAAACGAGCGAGAAAUGCGUUCAUCCUGUUUCGAAAGCAUAUCACUGAUUCGAACCUGAUUCCACCAUCGGUCGAAGUUAAGCAUCAGAAUAUCUCCGUUGUUGCGGCCAAGAUGUGGAGAGAGGCACCCCAAGAAGUCCGCCAAAAGUUUCAAGAGCAGGCGCGGAUCGAGAAAGAAGAGCAUCAGAGGAAAUAUCCUGGCUAUCGGUACCAGCCCGUGUUCAGGCGAACCGAUAUCAUCCGAAGACGUGUUCGGAAGGAUCCAGCUGAGGAUGACAAGGUCGAGGCCGUGGCCGAAGCUUUGAUCAAGGGAAAGGUCGGGAACGAUCUCGAGAAGGAUAUCAAGGAUCAAAUGGCCACGAGAAGUGAUAUGAGUGAGACCGAGUCUGACCAGCCUGCCCGAACCAGUCGCCGACGCAGGAAGGACGCCGGUCAAUUGUCCAAGGGUGCGAUUCGAGCUCAACGAGCUCAAGCUCGAGCCAAGGCGAUGCGGCAGAACCUUCUCGGAUCGAAUAUCCUGAGUAUGAGCAUGUACAAUGCUGCUGCUCAAGCGAAUGGACGCAUGAAUCACCCCGGAGCUCAACAUCAUCUCCAAUACGCUAUGGCCGAACAGUACCUUCCUAUCGGAUACGACAUGCAGCCAAUAUACGACCAGUCGAUCUAUCCUGCCCAGAUGGACGCUGGCGAAAUGUAUAGAUUGCCUCCGAUCGAUAACGUCGGAGCGAUCUAUGAAGGGAAUUGGACUCAGGGAACCGACUACUGGAACGCUGAAACUAUGGGACACCUACAAGAAUACCCUGUGCCUCAUCCUGGACUGCCGGGACAGCAGCCGAUCGCCAAUACCGACUACUAUGCCCCGCCUCCUCUUCAGCCUGGAUCACAUCACGAGUAUGCCCUUCAGCCAGGUCAGCACCCGCCUCAAGGAGAACCUGGACCUUUACCGAGAGAUCUCAGCCACGGUCUCCCGGCAGAGUAUCAACUACCGCCUCUCGACAGACAAGCUCAUCAUGGUCAAAUCGAGUUCGAGAAGCAUCGAGAUGUCAUGUUCCCAGAUUGGGCGAGAGACGGACAACAGACACCAUCUGGCCAUGUCGUAUUCAACGAGCGUCUUUUCGACGGAGCGUUAGGCAGUGCCACUUUGCCUGCCAUCGGAGUUGAUACUGGUCCUAGAGACGAGGGACUAGCAGGAUUCGACGAGGCUAUAGCUCAGGCUAAUGACGUGUCCCACUGGUGAGAUGGAAUACAAGGCUCGAGACUGCAUAGCUACGGCAGCAACAUAACAUCAGACAUUACAUGCAACAUAAACAUGCAGGGAUAUGCAUCAUGUGCCA